AGAAAUUGAGUGGGGUUAGGGCUAGGGAUUUAGGGGAGAAUUAGGGUUUAGGGUUUUAAGGUUGAGACGCAAGGUUUUAGGGUUUCAUGGCUCGAGUUACUGCGAAGAGGCCACAAAUUAAUUGCUAAUUGGGAAGCUAUUUAUUUUUGCAGUGUUGAUAAGGGUUUUGCGAGGUUCAGCCAUGGUUGAGAAGGGAAAGAAAUCCAAAGCUCAACCAGUUGAAGAUGACGUAUCGGACCACAUUGAUGGAGAACUGGUUCUUUCAAUCGAGAAGCUCCAGGAAAUCCAGGAUGAACUGGAGAAGGUGAACGAGGAAGCCAGUGAUAAAGUGUUGGAGGUGGAGCAAAAAUACAAUGAGAUACGAAGACCUGUGUAUGGGAGACGAAAUGAAAUCAUUCAGACGAUACCUGACUUCUGGUUGACUGCGUUUCUCAGUCACCCAGCACUGUGCGAUCUCCUAUCUGAAGAAGAUCAGAAGAUAUUUAAGUACUUGCAUUCUUUGGACGUUGAGGAUUCAAAAGACAUUAAAUCGGGGUAUACUAUCACAUUUAACUUCAACACUAACCCCUACUUCGAGGAUGCAAAGCUAAUAAAGACAUUGACCUUCUCUGAUGAUGGGAGCACAAAGGUCACAGGUACCACCAUCAAAUGGAAAGAAGGAAUGGAUGUCUCAAAUGGAAUCAACCAUGGAAAGGAGGGAAAAAAGCGGCCCUUUUCUGAAGGAAGUUUCUUCACAUGGUUCAGUGAAACAGACCAACAAAAGGAUUUUACGGAAGGGCUACAAGAUGAGGUUGCUGAGAUAAUUAAGGAGGAUUUGUGGCCAAACCCUUUGAAAUAUUUCAACAAUGAAGCAGAGGGAGAUUUUGAUGAAGAUGACGAUGAUGAUGAGAAUGAAGACGAUGAAGGAGAGUCCGAGGAUAGCUCGGAUGAGGAGGGUGAUGAAGAUGACAGCUAGGCUUUUCUCUCUCUCUCUCUCUCUCUGUCCAUGGUUUUACUGUUUGUUCUUUGAGUUUUGGUAUGGUGAGAGAAUGAAGGUGUCUAUUUGGUCAACUUAUGAUUUAGCUUCAUUUUGGCUAAAUGUUUCUUGACAUGGGUCUCUGAGUUAAUGGAGGAGACACUGUUUAAAAGCCGUUUUUCUCUCCUUUUUGGGCUUGAUAUGAAAGCUGAGAAACUAUGUAUUGGCCUUUGAAAAGGUUAUUUAUAUUCUUUUUCCUGUC